AUGUCUUGCGAACAUCCAAGAGACGCAAGAGAAGAAGACGAUGCCGGAAGAAAUUGCUGCACCAAAUGCGGUCUUGUUUUUUCCGAGAUAGUAGUGACAGAGCCAUACGACCAAAUAGGCAUGCAAAAUAAGGCACGCGAAGCCAGGAACUUUAUUAACGAAGGUUUCGUAUUAGGCAAUGACACUAUUAUGAACGGGAAAAAAAUGAGCCAUGUUUUCUCGGGGGCACGACUAAAUAAGCCAAGUCUUCCUCGUACGCAUUUUUUGAAGAUGACUUGCGGGGCACUAGGGAUAAUGUCUCUUCAGGAGCACGUCUGGUCGUUAGUCUUGCAAUACGACAGCAAAAAUCAUUUGAAACUCGGUCGAGAACUAGAUUACGCCAUAGCUGCAGCUGCAUACAUUACAAUAAGAGAACGAAAAUUGGCAGUGACACUCUACGACAUUGGUAAGACCACCAAAAUUUCUCCCGGAGAUAUCAACAGUUUGGCGCGCCACAUGAUAAAAGUGCUCGGGAUGAAGCUUGAAAGCCCCAAUGUGAGUAUGGAAUCGUUGUUAGCCGGGAGCAUCGAAGCGAUGUUUCACGAAGAUGUUAUCCACCAUUUGCCAUUGUACACUAAAGAUUUGAUGCACCUGUAUCGCGAAGUUAACACGUUCCCGCAAGCGAUUUAUUUAAGGCAUAGUGAGAAUUGUGCGAAUAUUACCGCGGGGAACUGUAUAUUAGUGAAUAAUCUCCCCGAGAUUAUGGAGCUUUAUCGAAAAGUUUUGAUCGGGACGGCGUAUUACUUAUUGGAAUAUGCGUCGAAUGCAGGGUUUAUCACUGGUCGGAAUCCAAUUCCCAUGACUGCUGCUAUUCUUCUCUACGCGAUAGAGGCGACCGAGAAACCUUCGGUUACGGAAAGGGUAACUAAUCACAAAAUGGUCGAAGAGUUUGUCGCUUGCGCAUUUGACAUUAGGCCUGAUCGUAUUAUGCUGAGUAGAUAUAAGGAAAUUCGUUAUCAUAUGAAUCAGCAGGUACAAAAAAUUCAUUUUGCUUAUCUCGCCAAAGACGAUCCAUUCAGGUCAUAUUUAUAUAUAAAUGACUUGAUAAAAUUUUUUCCGCCUGAGCUGCCGAAUAUUGCAAGAUCUUGGGAUCAAGUAGAAGUGCCAUCUAUUGUCCGAUCUCGGCAACAAAAAACACUGAGAUUAGAAAAAAUUCAAAGGGCUAGGAAACUUGUCGGUUUAGAACCAUCAACCUUAAGUAUUGGGCAACAGGUUUCAAAAGAUCAACUACAGCAACAACAGCAAAUAGUAGUAAUUGAUGAUGAUGACGUGCGAAUAGAUUUUCAAGAUCAACAACAACAAAUAAUUGUAGUUGACGAUAUUGAAAAGGAACAAGAUCAGCAUCAACAAAUAAUUCUAGUUGACGAUAUUGGAAAGGAACGAGAUCAUCAGCAAGAAGUAGUAGUGACCUUAGAUGAAAGAGUUGAUGAUGGUGUUACCGAUGAUCCUUACGACGAAGAAUUACAAUUUCUCAAAGAACUUUUACUAUCCGAAAAAUAUCCCGACGAACAACUAUUAGAUGCAUCGUCUGGAGUUUUGCAAGCUUGGGUAUACCAGAAUCGACGAGGCACUAUCAAUAAUAAUCAUCUCAAUGAUAGGGAACUAUGUGAGAAAGAUUGUCCUGACGACGAACUAUGUGAAUAUAUUGAAAUGUCGGUAAAUACAGCUGCACCUUCUAUAAUAUCAUCGUCCUCAACUAAUAUUUUUGAAAUGUCUUGUGCUCAAGUACGAGCGAAGAAAGGACGACCGAAAAAGGAACAGUCUUCUAAAGGUGACGUGCUAGAUAAAGAUACUCAAAAAUCUAACGAUGAUAAUAUUCCCAAAGACGAAAAAGGAACUUCUUACACGGCAGAAACAAACAAUAAUCAAAUAAUACUCGAUCCAAGGGAAGAAGAAGAUAUUAUCAAUGACAAUCUUCGAAUUUUUCUGAACAACCAAUUAAAUUCUACUAAAAAUCACAACAACUUGCGGAGUCACACAAUAAAACGAAAACGAAUCAAACGAUUGAUUCGUGAUCCACCACGCAAAAAAUAUAAAUCUAAAGAUAGUGGCACGAAUAAUGUUAGCGUUAAUGAGGGUGCGAAUGAUAAUAACAAUGACAAUAUAAAUUCAUCAAGUAUAGCGAGUGUACCUGAACGGGAUGAAAGCGCGUCAAAUAAUAAAUCAAGAAGCAAACGAAUCCGUAUAAGAGCUGAAGAUAUUGAUUAUGAUAUGUUUACGUAA